CCCGCUUCCCGAGCGCGCCACGACGCCAGUAUCACAACCUUCACCUCACAUAGUUCGAUAAUUGUUUUAGCGUUGAAAUAGCUGGGCCCUGUGAGACUACGGAGCAGACGCUCCCAGGGUCCAUGGAAGAGAACCUAGAUGGUUGAGAUUUAGUCAAACUCAAUUCGCUCGAGAGCAGCCGUAGGCCAGAAAGGGUCUAUUGCUAGAUCUAGACUUUGAAAAGCUGGCUUGGACCCCUGGGUAAACUCUCUAGCUCGAUACAGUUAUCGAGCUGCAUUUCUCUCAAAGCUGUGGUCGUUCUGAUAAUCCUGCCCUCCCCUCAUUCUUUUUAACCAGCCAAGUGAAGCUGCAGUCGCAAGCCAUCCUCCGUCUUCAUUCUCCCUCUCAUCCAUUCUCACUGUCACCAAGCUGUUCACAAUGUUUCCCCAGUCUCUGUCGCAAGCCGCCAUCAUAGCGACUCUUUGUCUCGCAGGCCUGACGUCCGCUGUGAGGGAAUCUGGUGAUCCCAGCCCUGUUACCAUCUCAGUGUCGAGCUCGACCACAACCGUGAGGGCGGGCGAAACGAAGAUCGGCAACCCUGACGACAAGGUGAUGGCACCUUGCGCUGGCCACAUCACACAGUGUGGUAUCGAGGACAAAGCCAAGAUUGUUUACGUACCGAAAACCACCAUAACCAUCACCAAUGAGAUUGUCACAACCUCGGUCGUGGUGCUUCCGCCUCAAAUUAACGUUAUUGAGAGUGUCACGGUCGAAACCGUCACCAACACAACCAAGGGCCACUGUCGUGAGACCGUCUAUCUCCCCGGCGAACCCGUUCAAGUCACAGUCGAUGUCCUAGUUGUCACUACCGAAGAAAUCCAACCCAUUUCAAACACUACCAGCUGGAUUACCCACACUGUUACCGCCAGUGCAAUCGAGCAAUGUUUCCUUGAGAGGUACACCGCCCUCGGACAGGGUCCGGGAAGCCCAGUGCCUUCAGCACCAGUUGUGUUGGCAUCCGCCCGUUCAUCCGACAGCGUCAGCCCGGCCGCGUCUACACCUGCAGCAUCAGAUGAAAGCCACUCUGCAGAUGAUUCUGCUCAGAAGCCUUUGGAUCCGGAUGAUGAUCUACCCGCGGUGAUGGGGUCAGAUGGUGAGAUGUGGAGUUAAAGUGGCCAGGCAAGGUAUGACUUCACCAUGACUCGGGACAAGGGGUUCGAGAAGGCUUGAUAUGCAGUCAGGGCUUGAUGUGGAGCCGUUGUUGUCAAAUAUUCUAUGUAUUUGGAGUAUGAAUAUCUUGCAAUAAGAAGUAAUAAGUGUUCAGACAUUUACUCCUGAUCACCUUGCCUCGAUAGUGUAAUUCUGUCCUCAGAUUACUAGAUUAACAAUGUUCUUUGACAUUAUAAAUGCCUGG